UUGGUCCGGUUGCCAAGGAGACGCUGUCAGCGUCCUGUCUACGGAAACCGAGGUGGGAUAAGGAGCGCAACUCUUUGCAGCAGACUGUAAGAAACAUGGAGAAUGCGAAGGAAUCCCCGUCGGCUGCGUCUCGAGACCUGGAAGGGGCCGAUGUCGGGAAAUUCCUGAUAACAGAAAUCCUCCAGCCUGUGGGCCGCGGGCUCUCCGCGCCCUCCGUUUAUGAGGACCCGUUUGAACGUUCUCUGAAAUACAUGGAAAAACACAACAUUCUGCAGAUAUUCCAGGAAAUCACAGAAAAUCUGGUUUAUGAGAAGCCAGAGAAUCCCUUGGAAUUUAUGCUCGAAAGGGUGCAGUCUAUGAUCGCCAGCAGGAAGGAGCAGUGACGGGAAGCCUCUGAGCCGAUAUGACCCCGUUUGCCUCCGGAUGCUCGUUCCG